AUGAACAACUUGACAGAGCAUGACAGUGAUGAAAAAAAUGAUGGUGACGGAAAAGGCAAUGGUCAGGAUGAUGAUAGUGAAGAUGAAGUCAAUCCCAGAACAAAGGAAAACACAGUCAUGGUAGAAAGCACAAAAACACCCCAAAAACAAAGGAAUGUGAAGAAGCCAAGAACCUCUGAACGACCAAGCACAAAAACACCCCAAAAACAAAGCAAUGUGAUGAAGAAGCCAAGAACCUCGGAACGACGCAAGAAUUUCAUUCGACUUCCAAGAAAAGCAAACCCAAACCGAAUCCAAAAUCUUACACAAGUCAUGCAAGUUGUUGGUGAUUACAAAGCAGCAAGAGAACAAUUGAACAAUGGUUGUAAGGGUCCAAGACAUGCUGCAAUGGAGAUUGAGGAGGAGUUACCAAAAUGGGAAGCACAAUUGGCCAAAUUGUGGACGAAAAAGAAUGAAAAGUUAGGCCUGUCAGGCCUGAUGAAUGAUGGCAAACGUCCAAGGAGCAAUAGUGAAGGAAGUGAUGAGCUAAUUAGUUCUUUUGCUAAGAAACCACGAGAAGGUGAAGCCCAAGAGGAAGAAGAAGACAAAACAAAAGAAAACCAAGAAGAAGAAAAGGAGGCCAGGGAAGGUAGUGAAGUUUCGGAGAAGAAUGACCAGCCUGCAGAUAUGAUGCAGGUUGAUGGCGAUGACAAUACUGAAUGA